AUGACCUCGGGUCUUUGUUAUCUUAUUAGAUUGUCCACGAAAGACAACCCUCAGGACUGCAAGAACUGUCUUGAGUGCUCCAGAGAAAAUGGCUGCCUGCGAUGCCCAGAGAAGCUCUUCCUGUUCCUGCAGAGGCAGGGCAUGACUCACCAUGGCUCCUGUCUGCACUCCUGCCCUGCCGGCCAUUUUGGCAUGCGUGGCAAGGACAUGAACCGCUGCAUGAAAUGCAAAGCACCGGAGUGCGAGCGAUGCUUCAGUAAAGACUUCUGCACUAAAUGCAAAGGUGGAUUUCAGCUUUUCAAAGGCAAGUGCUUCAGCAGCUGUCCUGAAGGCACUUUCCCACACCUAACAGAUUGCAUUGAGGGUUGCCUUUUCAGCCCCUUCGGUUUCUGGGGUGAGUGGAGUCCCUGUCAACACAACGGACUGAGCUGUGGCGCCCGAUGGGGCCAUCAGACGAGGACCUGGGUUCUGACCUUGAAAGGCCCUGAGGAGCUGUCCUCCCUCUGCCGCCCUUCGGAAGAGAGCAGGAGGUGCCGCAUGAAGAAGAGGUGUCCUAAAGAUAAAAGGAAGGGCGGGACAAGGGCAGAGAGGAAGAGGGCCCAAACACACCUGAAGCACCCGAGUAACAGAACAGUAACAGAACCACCACCUGCAUCCCAUUCACAUGGAGAAAUUGAACACACCUGAACGAUCCCCGCAGAACCAUCCAAAGAAAAACUGAGACCCCUGAUUUAGUGGCACACGUUUCUUGCACAGUAAGGUGUGCCUGUAGUAUGAACACUCAGCUAUUGCUGAGGAGGCUGAUGAGAAGCUGUGUUCUGACAUGGCAUUUGAUCUAUAUGAAAACAAAUCUUGAUUUGUCUUGAGAAUGUGUCUUAUGUUUAACUGUGACUGAAUAGGUUCAUGUGAAAAUAUUAGGGCCAGCAGUAAAGUUCAGAUGAGGGCUUUUGCCUGUAAAUAUAAUUGCAGCUCAAUAAUAUUUUGGUAAUAAAUAGCUAGAUUAAAAACUACCAAAAUAUAAAGAAUUGCAACACAUUAUAUACAUUAUGUAAUAAAAAAUGCAACCUUUUUAUUUUUCUACUUAUUGGCACAUAUUAACAUGUAAUUACUGUAUGUACUGUGUAAUGACAAUUUGGGAACACCUACCCAAUAUGAAUGUACUCUUGUCAGAAAAUAUAAAGCAUUCAUACAUUGUAGAUAUGCGUUCAUAAACGAAGCUGACACGUGUAACGACAUGACAUUGCACUCAUUUGAUGAAGAACAGACAACAUCUUAAACUCCUCAUAUUGUGGUUUCAGUUGUAUCUCAGAAUCAGCUCGUCUUUGGCUGCACUUGUGGGUUCUGUUCUUUUGACGUUGACCACAGUAUUUUUUCCUUGAUGUGCAAGCUCUUCAUGAAAAUGACAUUAUGGUUGAAAUAUAUAAAAAAACAUCAACAAUUCUAUUAUUCCUUCUCAACAAUUGAAGUAUGUGUGAUGCAUUCUGAGGUGUUUUUUAGCGGCCCUAAGAUAUAACCCAGCUUUGUUGAAGUCUGGAGUGGCUGGGGUGGUUCAUUAGUUUGCUUUUUCAGUAGUUUUUGUUUUUGCUGAAGAUUCUAAAUUAGAGUUGAGCAUUUGUGACACUUCACAAAACACUCCAGAACAUUUUUGAAAGGGGUGUUCCAGGUUUGUGUGUGAUCUGCCAAUAAAAUAGAUCCAUGAUCAGAUUUCAUCUGACCUUAAACUCUCAAACCCCUUCAAAUCAUGCCCCAUCACCCCCCAUCAUGUUUAUUAUAGAUAAACACAAUGUUUAUUAUAUGCUGAAGUCUUUAAAAGAUAACAAAUAUAUUGUCAUUACAAUAUACUCUCCGUUGCACUGUUUUUAUUUGUUUAACAAUUCUAGUGGUAUUGUUCUGUUCAAAUCAGUAAAACUACAGUUGUGUGUUGGGUUUCCUAUUGCAUAUCUCCUCUGAGGAGCAUAUAGAUUUAUAUGGACUUUCAUUUGUCCUAAACGCUUU